AGACAUUAAUUAGUGGUCAGUUUGACUACUGCUUUGCGUGGGAGAUUGUUAAUAAUUUCUCCUGUAAUCAGCCCAUAACCAAGAGAUUUCUUUUAUAUACACUGAAUGAAGCUCAUUUUUUUCAAUAAUUAGUUACAAUUUGUACACAUACAUCGAAAAUUACGAUUUCAUUAUCUAGGCAUGUAUUCAUAGAUUGUGUUACAAUUGUAAUUUUUUAGGUAUUGAUAAUCUAUUGACCUCUGAAAUGAAUAUAAAAGAGCUGAGCAUGUAGUACGUUCGGUGUCAUUCUACGCUCGGAGGAUUCUGGGAUCACCACAAUGCUACGUUUAACGCUUCUACUAACGCUCGCGGCACUCGCGUGCCACGCCGCUCCUAGAUCUGAUGACGAAGCUGCCGAACAUCUAUACAGAAGUGUGAUCAUCGCCGACUACGAGACAGCUCUUUCACAGAGUAAAGAACUCGAGAAAGAGCGUAGAGGCAACGUCAUCUCAAAAACUGUUGACAAACUGCUCGACCAGGACAAACAGAAGGUUAUAUAUUACGCGUAUUAUCUGUGGAACCACAACGCCCAAGAAAUCGUCAAGAAUGACUUCCCGAUCCAAUUCAGGAUUAUCUUUGGCCAGCUUACCGCCAAGGUCAUCAACAAGAAAUUUGGCAUGAAGCUCAAAGUAGGACUCAAGACUGAUUCCGACGGCGACAGGACCGUGUAUAGCGUCAGCACUGAAAAUGACAUUGGCGAGAGGGCAAGCUGGGAAUUCAAAUUUCACGAGGCGUCAGACAAGAAGGUCUACUUUAAAAUCUACAACCCUCACGCUAACCAAUUUCUGAAAAUCGGAACUUAUAGUGAUGGUUACCAAGACCACCUGAUUUACACUUCUACGAAUUCUGACACUUUUAGACACCAGUGGUACCUUCAACCAGUUGUGGUCAAUAAGGAGAUCUUGUUCUACAUCAUCAACCGGGAAAAUAGUGAUCUGCUGAAGCUGGCCCAAUCACCAGACUCGGAUGGUGACCGCCAGGCGUACACGCAUGGCGAAGAUUCGUCUGGCGCUCCUGAACGUUUCGGAUGGAAGAUUGAACGUGAUUAAACAAUAAUGAAAUAAUGAUUUUGGAGACAUUUUUACUAAAAUAAACAUGUGAUUCAAGCAUUA